CGCGGCACCGCCCCCCUCCCUCCCCGUCCUCCCGUCCUCACGUUCCCUUUUACUACUUCACUCACCACCGUCACACGUCGUGAAGCGCCCCUCGCCCCGCCUGAAUCCAGCUCCUGCCUUCCACCCACCCCCGGUGCGCCUCCCAUGUCGUCGCCGUCGCUGCCCUCGGUCCGCCUCCCGCUGCGCCCGUCCCCGGCCGCGGCGACAACGCCGCUCUCCCGCCGGGGCGCGCCCGUCCGCUCCCUCGCGGCAUCCCCCGCCCCCGCCGUCGCCCUCAAGCCCCUCGUCUCCAAGGCGCCCGCGUCCGGCUCCUACCGCUCCGCGCUCCUCCUCCACCGCCGCCGCUAUGCGCUGCCCGAGACCGCCGUCUCCGAACCAACCCCCAAGGUCACCAAGGAGUACCAGGACUGGGACUCCCUGACGGGCAAGUUCGCGGGCAGCGCCAACGUGCCCUUCCUCCUCCUCCAGCUCCCGCAGAUCAUCCUCAACUACCGCAACCUCGUCGACGGCAACAAGACCGCCCUCUUCGCCGUCCCAUGGCUCGGGAUGCUCACCGGGCUGCUCGGCAACCUGGCGCUCGUGUCCUACUUCGCCAAGAAGAGGGAGACGGAGGCUGUCAUCGUGCAGACGCUGGGCGUUAUCUCCACCUACGUGGUCAUCGUCCAGCUUGCCAUGGCGGAGUCCAUGCCCUUCCCGCAGUUUGUGGCCACUUCGGCUGUUGUCGGCGCCGGGCUUGUCCUCAACUUGCUCAAUUACAUUGGGUGGCUCCCAGAGACCCUCUGGCUGCUAUGGGAGGAUUUCACGACAAUCGGCGGCCUUACCGUGCUCCCUCAGGUCAUGUGGUCAACGUUUGUUCCCGUCAUCCCCAGUAGCAUACUGCCUGGCAUAAUCUGUGGCUCUUUGGCUGUUGCUGCUGUUGCCAUGGCAAGGAUGGGCAAGCUUUCCGAAGGAGGAACUAAAUUUGUGGGGUCGUUGUCUGGUUGGACUGCCACACUUUUGUUCAUGUGGAUGCCAGUUGCACAGAUGUGGACAAACUAUCUCAACCCAAGUAACAUCGAAGGACUGUCAGCGUUCUCAAUGUUGCUUUCAAUGAUUGGAAAUGCACUUAUGAUUCCUCGUUCUGUAUUUAUCAGAGAUCUGAUGUGGUUCACCGGUUCUAUUUGGGCAUGUGCCCUACAAGGUUGGGGCAACCUGGCCUGCAUGUACUGCUGCAACAGCAUCAGCAGAGAAUUUUUCUUCGCGACGACAUUUGGAUUGCUUCUGUGGCUAGGUUUCACCUUCGGGAGAGAUACCGAUGCCUACGGCCACAGCUCACCCAUGGAUUCUCUGAAGGAGCUGAUCUUCGGGAAGUGAUGACCAUCACCAGCAAGCAGUUCAAAGCAGCCGGCUGUUCCGGGGUGGGGUAGUAGGAACCAGGAAAGCACUCCUACAAUAAUUUUCUGGUGACCGGCAAGCAAGAACAAACCGGGCCGUGGUAAAAAUCUUGGUAGGCAAUAGCAUAGAGGUGAAAAAUUUAAGAAGGGCACGCCGUCGCCGACAGUCCUGCGGCCGUGGUGAAACGCCGAGACGACGAGCCCCACCGCAGCAGCUUGCAGAAAGCGCCGUGGGAGUUCACGUGGUAGCAGAAGCUACCGUGUGGCGUGACCACCACCAUCACCGGCACCGGCAGAAAGGGCACAGUGGAGUAGUAGCAGCAGCAGAUCUAUUCUAUUCGUUGUAAGAAAAAUAAAAGUUUGCAUUUCUUCUCACCUUGAAUAAAGUUUCCAAGCAGCUCAUGCAGCAAAUA